GGAGGCGAUUAUAAUCAGUUCUCGGUAGAAACUCGCGUGGUCACCUCGUUACUAUGUCGAUUUUUUACCGAUCGAUUUAAUCGAUGCUUAGAUCCGAGUGGGUUGUGAGCCGGUUCGGUCGAGAAUCGCGUUAAUUUUUGCUUUAAUUUUGCUUCUAAAUUCCUAAUUCAAGAGUUGCAGUCAGAUGUAAAACAGCGAAAUAACCGCUUUGUGCAUAUGUCAAUAUUUAAUUGUUGUGUUGGAAAUCCGAAAGAAUCGACGGAAAAAGCUAAAAUGGCUCAAGUUAACGGACACCAUGCACAGGAGUCGUGCCCAUUUAUCGGUGAUAGUGAAAAAGAAAACAAUAAGUCAGUGAAACCAAACUUGCGCGUGAAAGUGCCGCAGCCUAUGAGACUGAAAAAUCAUUUGGCGCAAGAAGAAAAUUUCGAUACUUUACACUCGCGUUUCGAUGAACUCACAAGUUUUAAUACAAAAUGCUCGGAGAAGGUCUGUCAGGCGAGCAUCAUGGAUAUCCCUGGUCGAGGCGACACACCAAGAUCUGCUGAAGAGGUGUACCAAGAUGCUGAGAUCUUUCUCAAAGAAUACUAUACUUCAAUACGAAGAGAGAAUUCAGAAGCCUUCGCAGAACGGUUGAAGGCGGUGAGAGCAGAGUUGAAAGAAAAAGGAACAUAUCAGCUGAAAACGUCUGAGUUAGCAUUCGGUGCCAAACAAGCUUGGAGGAAUGCCUCCAGGUGCAUUGGCAGGAUACAGUGGAAAAAGCUGCAGAUAUUCGAUUGCAGGGAGGUCACGACUGCCAGCGGGAUGUUUGAGGCGCUCUGUAAUCACAUCAAGUAUUCCACGAAUAAAGGAAAUAUAAGGUCGGCCAUAACGAUAUUUCCUCAACGGACAGACGGGAAGCACGACUACAGGAUCUGGAAUGCCCAGCUGAUCAGCUACGCUGGGUACCUGCAGCCAGAUGGAACCGUUUUGGGUGACCCAGCCCGGGUUGAGUUUACAGAGAUUUGCGUCAAAUUGGGAUGGAAACCUCCAAGAACAGCGUGGGAUAUUCUACCAUUGGUACUGUCAGCUGAUGGGAAAGAUCCAGAAUAUUUUGAGAUACCUCGAGAAAUUGUUAUGGAGGUCCAAAUAGAACACCCUACAUAUGACUGGUUCAAAGAACUGAAUUUACGAUGGUACGCGGUACCAUGUGUGUCUAAUAUGAAGAUGGACUGUGGUGGUCUAGAAUUUACUGGAACGGCAUUCAACGGGUGGUACAUGGGAACAGAAAUCGGCUGUAGGAAUUUGAGCGAUUCUAAUCGACUAAAUUGCGUAGAGGCUGUAGCAGAAAAAAUGGGUCUUGACACAAACACAUACACAUCUCUAUGGAAAGACAAAGCUUUAGUGGAGAUAAAUAUAGCAGUACUGCAUAGUUUUCACAGAGAUAAUGCGUCCAUUGUGGACCAUCACUCCGCCUCUGAACAGUUCAUAAAGCAUUUGGAUAACGAAAACAAAAGCAGAGGAGGCUGUCCAUCCGAUUGGGUUUGGAUAGUGCCGCCAAUGUCUUCAUCCCUUACUUCUGUGUUUCAUCAAGAAAUGCUUCAGUACAAUCUCAGACCUUCCUAUGACUAUCAAGAAGCCGCUUGGAAGACCCACAAAUGGAGCAACUCUGAAGGCAACAAGCCGGUCCACAGAAAGUUUCACUUCAAGCAGAUCGCCCGUGCAGUGAAGUUUACUUCUAAACUGUUUGGCAGGGCGCUCUCCAAACGAAUCAAGGCUACCAUACUGUACGCUACUGAAACAGGCAAAUCGGAACAGUACGCUAAAGAGUUGGGAACUAUUUUUGGACACGCUUUCAACGCUCAGGUUCACAGUAUGGCAGAUUAUGACGUAUUUUCUAUAGAACAUGAGACUUUAGUUUUGAUUGUUACAUCAACAUUCGGUAACGGAGAACCACCUGCAAAUGGAGUGGAUUUUGCCGAGCAGCUUUUCCAAAUGUUAUACAAUGAGAAAAAAGGUCGAGAUUUCAAUGACUUUAAUCCAGGAAACUACAAAAUACCAACCCCUAAAUCGUUAAUGAGGACCAACAGUUCAAUGUCACCAACUAUAGAAUUUAGUCGACAGUUAUCGCGGUUGGAAUCUAAUAAAAGUAGUGUAGCAGGAUCUUCAACAGUAGACCACAUAGGACCACUAAGUAAUGUUUGCUAUGCAGUAUUCGCUUUGGGUUCCAGUGCUUACCCAAAAUUCUGCAAUUUCGGUAAAACCAUGGACAAAAUUCUGGCUGACUUAGGCGGUGAGAGAAUAUUAGAAUUAGUUUGUGGUGACGAAAUGUACGGACAGGAACAACAGUUUCGUGCUUGGUCCUCCAAUGUUUUUCAUGUCGCUUGUGAAACUUUUUGUUUAGAAGAAAACGAAAUGGUUAAAGACGCCAAAAAAGCCUUGGGAACACUGCCACUGACAGAAGAAACAGUAAGAUUAGGAAGAACAAAUACGAAUAUGCCGAUAAAAUCCGCAUUAGAAUCUGGUUUUAGAAAAACACUUACCACGUGUAAAGUAAAAGAGAAUAAGGUUUUGGGAGAUUACACUGCAGAUCGAGCUACUAUUUUUGUAGAUAUGGAACCAGAACAUGAUCUGAAAUAUGAACCCGGAGAUCAUGUCGGUGUGAUGGCAUGUAAUCGAAAAGAAAUAGUUGACGCUAUUCUGAAAAGAUUAAAAGAUGUACCGGAUUGUGAUAAACCUGUGCAAUUAGAAGUUAUGAAAGAAACACUUACACCAACUGGCGCAGUGAAAACAUGGGAAAAACACGAAAGGAUUCCUACUGCUUCAGUUCGGGAUAUAUUUACCAGGUUCCUGGAUAUCACUACACCGCCUUCGACGAAGAUAUUGAAAUAUUUAGCCAAUUGUUGUAGUAAUAAAGAUGAAAGAGAAGAACUCAUGACUUUAGCCACGGAUUCUACUGCCUACGACGAUUGGCGACACUAUUUAUUCCCACACUUAGCUGAAGUAUUGGCUCAGUUUCCAUCAUGUAGACCUUCAGCUUCUUUACUAGCGGCUUUGUUGCCACCGCUUCAGCCAAGAUUCUAUUCCAUAUCAUCAUCACCACUAGCCCAUCAUCAGAGGAUUCAUGUGACUGUUGCUAUUGUUGUCUACAAAACGAAGAAUGGCGAUGGACCAACACAUUAUGGUGUGUGCUCGAAUUAUUUAAAAAGUUUGAAGCCUGAUGAUGAUGUUAUAGUAUUUGUUAGAAAAGCACCUAAUUUCCAUAUGCCUAAAGAUAUUACCGCUCCACUUAUCCUAGUUGGACCUGGCUCUGGCAUAGCACCUUUUAGAGGUUUCUGGCAUCACAGAAGAGAAGAAAUUAAACAUUUAGCUAAGAACGGAAAUACGAUGAAGCCAGGACCCAUUUACCUUUUCUUCGGCUGUAGGAAUAGAAGAAUGGAUUUGUAUAAAGAGGAGAAAGAGCGAGCUGUAGCAGAAAAUGUUGUCACCAAAGUUCAUUUAGCAUUAUCACGAGAAGAGUGUGAAGAAAAGAAGCACGUUCAAACAUUAUUGGACGAAGAGGGCGCUGAAGUGACUCGAAGGCUGGUGGAUGAGGAUGGACAUUUCUACGUCUGUGGUGACUGCAAAAUGGCGGAAGAAGUGCAGCAGAAACUCAAGCUGAUCAUCAAGAAACACGCCAAUAUGUCCGAUGAGGAAGUAGAAGAUUUUAUGCUUGAAUUAAUGGACGAGAACCGCUACCACGAAGACAUCUUUGGCAUCACACUCCGCACGGCUGAGGUGCACAGCGCUUCAAGGGAAUGUGCGAGGAGGACACGACAAGAAUCAUUGAAAUCUCAGCCUUAAUCUUACUUCACGUUUAUACAAACAAAAAAUACAAAUAAUGACGUCUAUAUCCCUUGCGGGGUAGACAGAGCCAACAGUCUUGAAAAGACUGAAUGGCCACGUUCAGCUAUUUGGCUUUAUGAUAGAAAUGAGAUUCAAAUAGUGACAGGUUGCUAGCCCAUCGCCUAAAAAAAAUAAUCCCAAUUUUGUAAGCCUAUCCCUUAAUCGCCUUUUACGACAUCCAUGGGAAAGAGAUGGAGUGGUCCUAUUCUUUUUUCAUUGGUGCCGGGAACCACACGGCACACGUUUAUAGUCCGUUAAAUAAAUAAAUUGUAUACGUUAUUUUGUUGAAAAAUGCUUUUUUGCUAAACUUUUUUUUUGAAAUAUAUCUUUUAACAAAAAGAUGUACGUGUAGCCACGUGUAGUGUGUUUACCUUUAUUUCAGUGCAUAAAGAAAUGAACUAUAGUAUAUACAUAGAUACUGGUGAUCAUAACGGUUGAUGUUCAUCUGACGUUCCUAAAUGGACGUCGUGUAGGUAAUGUAAUAAGUUAAGUGUAAAUAUGAUUCUCAAAUACUGUUUAAAAAGUUUUUCUAAAUUUAUUUGGCUGAUUAGGCCUAUCAAAGUUUCAAUGAGAAUGGGGUAACUUUGAUACCUCAUAAAUUUUUAUCUCAAUUUGAAGUAAGACCAAUAUACAUAAAAAUCUCGAUCAAUAUCCAAGUUAUACGUUAUUGCGAGUAAAUGUUGCUUUAGUGAAUGCUGAAAAAGAUUGAAAUAAUGACAUAUGGUGCAUAAUUUUUAAAAUCCAAUAUCUAAGUCACUAGAUUCAGCAACUAUGUAGCAGUAUAAUUCUAGAGUAUCCCUUUAGACCGCAAUAGGUAUUAUUAAAUUUUUGGCGAAACAUGCUAGGCAUUUUAACUUCUGUAGUUAUUUGAGAAAGUAUGUGAUUGAUCACAAAUUGACUGUUAUUUUUAUUUAUAUACGUAACCAAUUGGAUAAUAUGACCAUAUGACUUGUACAUACACUAACAUAUCUAUAAUUUUUAUGCAACCAGUUUUAUGUACCUACCUACCUAUAGAACAGGCACAAUCACUACAGAAUUUUUAUUUUGACGAACUUUUUAUACAUUUUUACGGUAGGUUAUAAUAUUUUUCCGCCGUAAGUAAACUUGCAUUUCCGCUGACGUUCAUGCGAAAUAUGGCUGACAUGUCGCCGCAAUUUUAAAAACAAUAUUUAAAAGUGGUUUAUUUAGAGAUUUCAAAUAAUUUGAAUAUAUAGGCGAGCUAGCAAAGAUACCCCAGAUCUUUGAGUAAUCCCGUACGAUGCUUUAUACUUACUUUCAUUUUAAAUAUAAGCACGCUUUAUACCUGUUAUCAUUCUUCAAAUAUUUUAAUUGAUCAUAAUGAUACAGUGCUCACCAACUAAAAACAUUUAUUUUUGAAAAAGUUGCGUUUUUAUACACAAAAAUGGAUCCAAGUUUUAAGUACGAAUUAUCAUAAGGCAAAAGUAUAUUUCUUUAUAUAAAUAAAGUUACAUUUCUUUGUGACUCACUUUUGCAAAACGCAAAUAUAUAAUUUUAUGACUUUGUUAAUUAAUCUUAAAUGAAAUGUUAAACUACUUAUUGAGAAAAUACGAACUUAAUUUUAUAUACCUUAAAUAAGUAUUUAAUAAAAUAAAUAUACUUAAGUAAGCAUACGUAAUAACUAUUGUAAUAAAUUUCUAGUAACAAGAAUAUGAAAAAAUCAAAAACAAUU